AUGCCCCCGCAACUGAAACGCACUCUUCCUUGGGCCGAUGCUCAUCAGGAUGAAUACAACGAGGACUUCGCCCCUUACACAAGAGUUCGUCUGGUAAUGCAAAACGGAAGUUACGAAACUGAAAUCGACCUUUUGCGUCUGAAGAAUGCUGAACUUGAAGCCCGAGUCAAUGAACUGGAAAGUGAUAUGGAGAGAAUCCUUAACAUUGAAAUGGAUGACGUCGUUUUGCUUAAGGAGGACAUGCUCAGCUAUUAUCACCAAUAUCGUGAAUCGCAAUUAGAGAUCAUGGAGCUCGAAGAGGAGAUCUCAAAACUUCGGGCAGAUGUGAACCAUCAAUCACUGGGGCAAAGUCCUUUGGAAGAGGGUACCUUGAUUCGAGGUGAAUUAGGUAGCCUUGAAGAGAAACAGCUUGUGGCACAUACCAGACAAGUUGACCAAGGUGGAGUCACUAGUUUUGAAAAACAAGGGAUGGGAAGAAAUGUUGGCGUUGACGAGCUCCCCGCCAAGGAUUGUAUCCCUGAAUACGUGCCCGACCUUCGUGACGUUUCUCAAACAAACGCUGGUCCGGACCUUCGUGACUGUGCAGGAGCUAGUUCUUGCUCGGAAUUUGACGAGCACAUUGACGGCAGUUCAGAGAAUAUUUCCAAUAUGAACUCGACCCACUCUACCUCUUCCUUGACAUCUCUUGAUACUCUUCCUUAUCCGACCGGCGCACCAUCUUCGGGAUGGUUUUUUGAAGCUUUCCAUUACUUGAACACGGCGCUCAGCCCUCAGUAUAUCGGUUUGUUGCAAGAAUGGGUAGACUAUGAGCGCAAGCAUCAUUGGCUUAAUCCUCACAAAUUAGCAGGCUUCUCACCUGAAAAACGCCCCACUGUCCUGCUGGAUUGGAUGAAAAAUCGACCACGACCCCUUCCGAAAGUUGAUAAGAGGGGUUUUUUCACGCCAAACUUUGCAGAAGAGGUGUGGGCUUGGUGGGCCAGUCUACAGCCCCAAUGGCGAUUGCUAGAUGAGGGUGGGUUACCAGUAUCCUUCGAACAGUUUGGGGAUGACUUAUCUCCACUUAACAAACACGGGAGAAACGCGUGGGUUGGCUUGCUUGCAUGUAUCAAGUGGUGGGGAAUCGGUCUGAAACACUAUGCAUCUGAUGAUCACGAAUUAUACCUAAGUAGUUGGCAUUCCAUUGUCGCAGACAUGGCGAAAAUGUUGGGCAAAUUGGUUGUUGAUUAG